UCGCUACUGAUAUUGGUAGUCAAUUGCAUCUUUCUUGCAAAACAGCACAUGUGAGAGAAGGAGAGGAUAUCUAAAGAGUGCAGCCAUGGCUGAGUACAGUGAGGGGAGCAGUGAUGACGAGUAUGAGACCAUGACGACUGGCCAACUCCUAGCAAAGCUGGAGGAGGCUUGGGUAAACGAGAAGUUCUCUCCAGAGUUGCUCUAUCACAAGACAGAGAUUAUUGACUGUAUAGAGGAGCAGUUUGAACAAGCCGAGUCCAGUAUAGGCAGAGCACCAAAGGGCGACUUUGUGUCCAGUAUUCACAAGUUUGAGAUCGAGAGGAUCAAGUUUGUCUUGUGUAGUUAUUUGAGAACCAGACUACAAAAGAUAGAGAAACAUGUGGUGCACAUCCUCGAGUGUGAGGCUGCUCUGGGCUCUGGCAGUGAGUCCCGUCUCUCGGGGGAGGAGCUAGAGUACGCCAAGGAGUUCGUCGACAAUAUGGACACUCACUUGAACUCUCUGGUCCUCCAGCACAUGCCAGCCAACUUCCAGAAGAUGGACAGGAAGAAAGCAGUUGUGAGGCCCAAUCUGGACAGCUAUGUGUUUGUGAAGGCAGUGGAGCCUGUCAAUGGAGUGGCAGUGGACCCAGAGGAGGAUGGAGCUGACAGGGACUCUGUGGACUUGUCUCCUGGCAACCAGUACAUAUUACGCUACAGACCCGUCUCCUCAUUGGUCCAUUCGGGAGCUGUAAAACUGAUCUGACAUUUUACUCCUUCAAUUAAUGCUCAUGUAUGUACCCACCUAAUGUUAUUUCAACCUUUAUUAUGCCCUUUCUAUGUUUGCUUUUCAUGUGAUUGUGCCAAAUUUUCAGUUAUUCCUAAUGUGAUGAAAACAUCUUGUUGA